UCCUUUAUAAAACGUUCACAUUUCUUCUCUUAGCUCAUAAGUAAUCUAACCUUCAAAAAACAAUAAUACAUCUCUCUUUCUCUCACUAAAAAAAAUCCUAAGAUCCAAUGGAUCAAAACGAACCAAUAAGCAAGAAGCUAUGGAACAUCGUACGUUUCCUCUUGUACAUGAUCCGGAAAGGCGUCUCAAAACACAAACUCAUCGCCGACUUCAACGCCACACUCAAACGCGGCAAGAAUCUCAUGUUCCACUACCGUCGCCGUGUCCCAGCCGCCGCCACUUCCUCAUCGGCCGCCGCAACCGCACCUCAACGUCAAGAAUACGAGUUUAGCUGCAGCAACACUCCCAACUACUCUUUCCCUUUUCCCAAUAUUGCUUUCAUGAAGAAAAAGAGUCACAACAGUAAUCUCUUCGCGUGUGGUCAAACGCCUCAGACGCUCGACGACGACGUUGCCGCUGCUAGAGCAGUUCUUGAGCUUCUUAACGGCGUUGGUGACAAAGGAAACGUUAGUCCGGCGUAUUUGUCGGCGGCUUUGUCUCCUUACUUUCCCGGGUUUGGUCGGACUCCUUUGGUGAGGCCGUUGAGAGUAACGGACUCACCGUUUCCGUUAACACCGGAAAAUGGCGACGUGGCCAACGGACACGUGGACCAAGCAGCUGAUGAUUUCAUAAAGAAGUUUUAUAAGAACUUGAAUCAGCAGAAAAAAAUGAUUGAAUUCAGCUAAAAUCUAAUCUGAUUAGUAUGCUUCUUCAUAUUUCUCCUUUUUCUUGCUGAUUAAAUGCUUGAUAUGUAAUGAUAUUUUUGGGGGAUUUUUGUUUUCACUUUUCUUGAAACAAUUGGAUAUUGUCAAUAAGAAGAAUAUCAUGGGCUUUGUCAAUAUAACUAAUGUUUUAGUAAAAAAAUAGAUGCAUGGACGCAAUAAUACUUCUUAAAUUUUUUUGAUGAAUUUUCAUAAAUAUUUUUUUUGGCAAGUGAUCAAAUGGACAAAAUAUUUGUUUUUAUAUAAA